AUGCUGAUCCUGAUCCUGCUGCCCAUGGCCUUUCUCCUGCCCUCUGGCACUGGGGCUGGUGAGAUUAUCGGGGGCCAUGAAGCUCAGCCCCAUUCCAGACCCUACAUGGCCUAUCUGGCUAUAUGGCAUGGAAAUAAUAGCUCCUUCUGCGGAGGGUUCCUGGUGGCGAAGAACUUCGUGCUGACGGCCGCUCACUGCAAUGGAGACAAGAUCAUUGUCGUCCUGGGAGCCCACAACAUUACCAAAAAUGAAUCGAGCCAACAAGUGAUCCCUGUGAGAUGCCAACACCCCCACCAGGAUUAUGACAAGGAAUCCCAUAAUAAUGACAUCAUGCUGCUGGAGGGUGACUCUGGGGGUCCCCUGGUGUGCCAGCAAACAGCCCAGGGCAUUGUCUCUUGGGGAUCAGAGAUGGGGACCCCACCCGCUGUGUAUACAAGAGUCUCCACCUUCAUCCCCUGGAUACGGAAGACUAUGAGGAUGCUGCAGCCUUGAGCCCUGCUUGUAAUCACUGCACGGGCUGGAGGUUCACCACUUCUGUCCUUUGGCUUGGUCCAGAUGUAGGGUCUGCUUUGCAGGGGGGGCUGAGUCGCCCCCCCCCCAGCAAUUGCUCUCUGCUCAGGCAGCGCCUAACCCAUGAGCAUCAAGGCAGGAAGCCUAGGGGAGUUAGGGUCAGGUUCAAGGCCAGCUUCUGUUGGCUCCCUUGGAAAUCCUGACCCAGACCCCUAGGCUGCCUCUUCAGUAGGGAAAGAACUGGUUUUAUUUCCCCCGGGGUAAUGGACACAAGCCAAACCCAGGGAGGACCCAGCAGUUUGUGCCUCUCCCCCGUGUCAGCCAGUCGGGUGACCAUUUAUGGGAGACGUUAAAACUGAAGCCUGCCCUGUCCUCUCUGGUCCUUUCCCACAUGUUAGUUCCCCCGGGAUGGCCACCUCCUGUUCCAAACACACAUGUUCCUAGGACUGGCAAGGCCAGCGGGAGUUUGUUCAUGGGGAGGGAAAUUAGCAAAGGAUAUGCUGAUUUCAGAUGAAAUGACAG